ACGCAACGGUUGUUAUGUUUCCGUCACAAAGCACCAGUUUACGUCAAAAAGCUCCCACAAAUUUGUACCCAGUGUAAUUUACCUUUCCAGAUUUAAUUCAAAAAAAUGUCGAUUAUCGCAAUCACACACCACGACGAAAACAUAAACAACAUAAUCAUAAAACCCGAAUAUCAAUAUGAAGGCGUCCGUGAAGCGUUAAAAACCAAGAUAAAAGCCCGUCUAAAAGCAACCCCUGCAACAAACAUAGGUAUCAAACGACACGCAACAAUGGGCUUAGCCCAAGAAACACCCCCAGAUCCGUGCGAUUUUCUCAAAAAACGCUCCGGAAAAUUAUCCUACAGCCAAAAAUAUCAAAUGAAAGAAACGCCAAUGAAACAGUUUUGUCAGAGAAAACAGCGACUGUUUCCGACCAAAGAGGACAUCGUUCAGUACAACAAUAGGAAAAAGGAAGAGGCCAUCAAGGAGAAAAAUUUUAUUUCGGAAAAUAUUAAAACUGUGUUGAAGAUGAAACCGAAAGAACCGGAACCUAGAGUUGUUCUAGAACCGCACGGUGAAUCUAAACGAUUGAUCGAUGGUUUGGAACCAAUUUAUAUCAAGUCGAGUGCGUUCGGCAAAACGCCCGGAUAUUUGCAAUCUUUGAUUAAGAAAAGAGAGAAAUUGCACCAAAUGCAAAAGGAUGCACGAGGUGUGGAAAAGCCGAAAUGUCGCUACAUAAGGAGAGACGAAAGAGAGGAGUUAUUAGAGGGACUGAAACACAACUGGGAGGAAUUACAGAAACAAUACCAGGGCCUGCCCAUUUUAACGGACACUAUCCCCAAAAUAAACAGAAAAUCGAAACUAGAAGCGGAACUAAAGCAAUUAGAAAAAGAUAUAGUACUAGUGGAAAGACAUCCUUAUAUUUAUGUAUACGACGAUAACAUACUAUCUGUAAAUUAAUAAAAUAAUUGUAUAAAUUGUAA